AUGGAAAAUACUACUACUAAUGCAUCUCUCCUAGUGAAUGGCAAUGGCAAUGGCAAUGGCGAUGGCGGAAAUAGGAAAAGCGAAAGGCCAAAAGAGCCGUGGAGAGGGGAAUUCGUGAAGAGCAUUGUGUAUGCAGGCCUCGACGCCAUCAUUACCUCCUUCUCCCUCAUCUCCUCCAUCUCCGCCGGCCGCCUUUCUUCCGUUGAUGUUUUGGUGUUGGGAUUUGCCAAUCUUGUGGCCGAUGGGAUUUCAAUGGGGUUUGGCGAUUUUAUGUCGACUAGCACUGAGAAAGCCGUCGCUGCCAAGGAGAGGAGCGUCGCCCAAUGGGAUGUCGAAAACCAACGGGGAGCUCAGCAGGAAGACCUGCUCCGUCGCUAUCAGCAGCUUGGGAUGGAUGCUUCCGAUGCUGCCAUGGUUGUGAGCAUCUUCAACAAGUAUCCGGACAUAUUGGUGGAUGAGAAAAUGGCGAGGGGGGUGGGAGCGGAGGAGCAAUCGGAGAAGCCAUGGAAGAAUGGGCUCAUCACGUUCGUGGCGUUUCAGGUGUUUGGAUGUGCUCCCAUCCUAGCAUUCAUCAUCCUCAUCCCCUUCACGGACAACGACCAGAUCAAGUUCAUAGGGGCGUGCGUGCUCUCUGCGCUCGCCCUCGCCCUUUUGGGCAUUGCCAAGGCCAAGUUUGCAGGCCAGAACUAUGCAGCCUCCAUGGGGAUAACGCUCUUCAACGGCGCAGUGGCUGGCGCCGCCGCCUACGGAAUCGGCUGGACUCUGCGCAAUGUCGCUGGCUUGGAUGAAUGA